CUAGUGCAGAAUUAGAGAGUGCUGCUGUUGGUGUCUUAUUCUCGGUGGAGAGUGAUUUUGCUGUGUGACACAGAACUCAGCCACUCUAACAGAGAACGUUCACCUCGCAAUGGCUGCUCUCAAAUACGCAGGAAUGGAUGACACGGACAGCGAGGACGAGCUCCCUCCCGGCUGGGAGGAGAGAUCCACGAAGGAUGGCUGGGUUUACUAUGCCAACCACGAAGAGAUGAAAACGCAGUGGGAGCAUCCUAAAACUGGGAAGAAGAAGCGCUGUGCAGGAGAUCUGCCAUAUGGGUGGGAGCAGGAGACGGAUGACAAGGGGCAAAUCUUUUACGUUGAUCACAUUAAUAAGAGAAAGACAUACUUUGACCCUCGCCAAGCCUUCACCAUAGAGGAUAUACAAGUGAAGCCCAAGCGCUAUGAUGGAAACACUGCUGCCCUGGAGAUCCUACAGGGUCAUGACCUCUCCAACAAAGUCAUAGUCAUCACAGGGGGCAAUUCUGGUAUUGGUUUUGAGACGGCACGCUCCUUCGCUCUUCAUGGUGCCCAUGUGAUCAUAGCCUGCCGGAACAAAACUCGCAGCAGUAAAGCAGUUAGUCUGAUUCUAGAGGAGUGGCACAAAGCUCGUGUUGAGGCCAUGACGCUGGACCUGGCCUCAUUGAGAAGUGUUCAAGAGUUUGCAGAAUGCUUCAAAGCAAGGAAACUGCCCCUGCAUGUCCUGGUGUGUAAUGCAGCAGUGUGUACGCAGCCGUGGCAUCUGACGGAGGAUGGGCUGGAAUCCACCUUCCAAAUAUGCCACCUUGGCCAUUUCUACCUGGUGCAACUGCUGCAGGACGUGCUGCGGCGGUCAGCUCCUGCACGUGUCGUGGUGGUGUCCUCUGAAUCCCACAGGUUUACUGACCUGGUUGACUCAUGUGGUAAAGUGGACUUGGCUCUGCUCUCGCCACCCCAGAAGGAGUACUGGUCUAUGCUGGCCUACAAUCGGGCCAAACUUUGCAACAUCCUGUUUUCCAAUGAGCUACACCGCCGCCUGUCACCUCACGGGGUCAUAUCCAAUGCAGUGCAUCCGGGGAACAUGAUGUAUACAUCCAUCCAUCGCAGCUGGUGGCUCAUGACUUUCCUCUUCACCCUGGCACGUCCAUUCACCAAGUCCAUGCAACAGGGCGCGGCCACCACCGUGUACUGCGCAGUGGCUCCGGAGCUGGAGGGGCUGGGAGGGAUGUACUUCAACAACUGCUUUCGCUGUCUUCCAUCACCACAGGCUCAGGACCCCUCCACUGCCCUCAGCCUGUGGGAGCUGAGUGAGAGGCUGAUCGAGGAGAGAUCCACCAACCCUCAGCCAGUGUGACUUAAUGACCCCAAUGACUGUAUGACCCCCGACACCAUCACUUGUGGGUCACCUGCACAAACGUCACCAUUACGUGUUCCAUCGCCAAGAACUGGGGGGAUGUGAUUUAUUUAAAAGAAGAGAGAGAAGAAAAGGAAAUAUACAGUAGACUGCAUGAGACUGUACAUAAAAAGCUGCCAAAUCCAGCCACAUGGAGGACCCCACUACUGUUUUCUACUCUGUACCGCUGUCACUGUCUGCUGUAGAUUAAAAUGGUAGACAGUGUUCCUCUAUGUAAUUUCCAGGCCACACUGGUUUCCUCACGUUUUGUCCACUGAAGCUAGGUCUAAGAACACUGCACUGUUCCCUAAACAACUAACACCAAGGCUUUUGGCCAGGGGCUCUAAGUUAACUAAUUCAAUCUGAAAAAUAGAACGUCAUCUUAAGGGUGGAUUCUCCAUAACACGCUUAAUCUACACAAAUAUUCAUCUAAACUGUUGGGACUUAUAAUACUCGUCAUUAUCCAUCCAUUUGUACAGACUGGUGUGUAUGAGUAAAUGUGUUCAAUAAAGGUACAAAGAAGUAGUGGAGCAA